AUGCCGCGCGUGGACAAAUAUUCCCAAGUGCACGUUCAGGGCACCUCGAACCGACUCUUUGGCGCUCUCAUCCUGCUCGUAUCACUAGCGCUGUUCGGCAGCUAUACGCUGUGGGCGCUCGUUCUUCCGUUCCUGCCAUCCGACUCGCCCAUCCACACAUACGUACCCGAUCGACGAUGGGCGAUCACCCUGCCCUCGCUUGUGCUACUUGCCGGGCUUGGCACGGUAGGCAUCUACGCGGCGAUGCUUCUGCGGCAAGACGCACAGGCGAUGCUGCGCAGGCAGGAAGCGAGGGCCAGAUGA